GAUGGGGUACCCUAAACGUCUGGGACCUCGCACAGGGUAUAAGAAGAGGAGAAGGUGGGGGUCAAUGUGCUUCCCUGACCUGACGGUGUUGUUACUAGCCUCAGAAAAGGUUCUGAAAAAAACAAGUGGCAGCAAGGACAAGAGACCAGAACUGACUUUCGUUCAUCUGUAAAGCUAGAGAGAAGGGACCCUGAUAUAACUUGCAGAAAGCCUCCAGAUUGAGAGGAAGCCUCCAGAAGACCGCCCCCCCCCAAAAAAAACACCAGAUAAAAGAAAAGGUCCAAGGUGAUCAUGCUCAGGACUAACAUGGACCAAGAUGCCCCAGCCAUGCCCAGAGAACAAAAGUGAGCUCCCAAGGCCAGCGGGAGAAUGCAGAACAGAGGGUCGAAUGGAGAUGGGGAAGGUCGGAGAGGAUUUUCUAGAGACGAUGGCCCAGAAACUGGAAGGACACUCUACAGCCAACAGGGUCCCCAGCCUGAGAACAAAGUGGAAAAUACUUCUUCUCAUACUCUGCCUGCUCCAUGGUUCGUCCAUGACCCCUCCGCACAGAAGGUCCCAUUCCAGAUGGCUCAAGGCUGACUCUCCCCAGUUCUGGACCCAUCUCUACUCUGUGGAAGCACACACAGACCCUACAGCCCUUUGCUGCUGGAAGAACUCCCUUUCAGGGACAAAUGAGUUGAGAGGCCCUCGGCUGGUGACCGGGGACACUGGGGGAGCUGUCGCCAUCCAUUGCCAUUACGCCCCGUCCUCAGUCAACAGACAUCAAAGAAAAUACUGGUGUCGCCUGGGGCCUCCCUUGUGGAUCUGCCACACCGUCGUGUCCACCAACCACUACACUCACCCCGACUUCCGAGGGCGUGUGGCUCUCACUGACGUUCCACAGAGUGGUUUGUUCGUGGUGAGGCUGCUCCAACUGUCCCUGGAUGACAUGGGACUGUACCGCUGUGGCAUAGGAGACCGAAACGACGUGCUGUUCUUCAGCAUGAAUCUGACUGUGUCUGCAGGUCCGUCCAACACCACGUAUGCAGCAGCUCCAGCUUCUAGUGAGCCCAUCACAGCAUCUCCUGGAACAGCAUCCUCAGCAGACAACCGAUGGACUUCAGGAAUCACCCAGACCUUAGAAGGCCAAGGCUCAGAAUGGGACGGAACAGCUCCAACCCCAGGUACAAGCAAAACUACACCUUCCACCAGUGGAAGACAAUCCUUAAGAGCAGCCAGGACAAAGGAUCCAGGGACAGGCAGAGGCAAAGAGGAGGGCUCCAUCAAGGCAGCAGUUCCCACUCCAGAGGGCCCAUCUCCAAAAUCAAGAAGCAUGUUCAGUACAACACAGGGCAUUUGGAUGUGGAGGACCAGGAACUCCGUAACAUCCAGUGCUACCACGAGGGAGAGCAGGAGGCUAGGCACAACCCCAGAGACUGAUGGGCCACGAGAUGAAACAGACAUCAGCACGUCUCCAGAUGUACCCAGGAAGACCCCAGGAACCCCAAGGCCAUCGGCCCCGAUCUCAGACCAGGUGACCCGGGAAACUCUCCAAGAUAAAACAGAGGUGUCUAAGCAACAAAUCCUAUAUUCCCUGGAGGAGUCGUCGCCAGCUCCAAGUACACAGACCUUGAAUGCUACGUGUAUGGAAGUGACAUACAUUGAUUUGAAGAAGGAAGGAAGAGGCAUCGAUGGGAGCCUAGAAAACACUACAGAAGAAAGUAGCCCCUCAACACCAAGCCAGCUUUCAGGAGCAGGCCCUAUGGGGGUUUCUGGGAAGGCGCCAUCCAUGAAGAGCGCUUUGACCGAAGGAGAAAGCAACUCCCAGAUCCUGACUCCAGUCUCCACUGUGCUGGCCCUGCUUCUAAUUGCUGCUCUGGUCCUACUGAAAAGGAGACUUGGCAGAGAGAGGACCCCUCAGAAGACAGAAAAGGUACCAAGGAUCACUCUGAUUCAGAUGACACAUCUCCUACAGGAUAAGCUCCCCGAUGAGGGAAAGCACUUACAGCAGAGUGACCUUCUUCCUACCCAAGCCAGCCUGGAGACUGUCCUGGAAAACGACCCAGGACCUUGAGGAUGGGAAGGUAAACCAAGUCACCAUGGAGGGAGAACCAAACCCAAAUAGCUCCGUGGCUUCUUCAUGCCCUUCUUGUUUCCCUCCACCCACAUGAAGCGAACUGAGUCCAGCCUCCACCUGGAGACACAGGAGCCUACCAGCUUGGGCCUCAGAGGACCAGGCAUUCUCCAAAGCUGAAGAUGACAGGGACUCGAAGAAGGCUUCAGGAAAGCACUCGUGGUCUGCCUAUUCUCUAUCUGCCUAGCCCGCUGCCCCUUGCAAGCUUUUCUUUCAGAGAGGGGUUGCUGGGGUGAGAUAUGAAGACUCGCAGUGUGGAUCACUGCUGCCUCUGGGCACCCUUUCUUCUCUCUGCCUGUUAGUUCUAAGCCUGCUGCUCAUAUUUAACAGUGUUCUUGUAUACCAAGCUUGCCUGAGCAAGCAUAACCAUAGCUCCUUAAGAACACUAAGUGUAUUUUAUCUAUUUCACUACAUCUUCAGUGGGACUUCAGCAAGUUAAACACCCAUGACUGUUUGGCAUGGUCUUAGUGGGCACUGAGGAUUCUCCUGGCAAUAGGUCUGAACACCCAAGGGACUCCAUUCAUUUUGUUUGGGGGUUCACUAGAUGCUUAUGUCAGUGGGUGGUUUCUGUGUGAGAUAGGAGGAAAGAGCAUCUACUUUUUAUAUCAUAUCUCCCUAUUUGACUCUGUCCUCAUUACACUGUAGGUUUUUUGGCCGGGUCAAGAUUUUCUGGGGUUUCCCUAAAUGAUGGAAGAAGGGGGUUCUUUUCAUUAUCAAUCUCCUCUUGUUCCACUGUUUAUGAAUCUUUAGUGUCAAAGGUUGUGGACAAGGCUGGGGAUAGUUUGAGAAAGAUGGGACAAAUUAGAGGAAUUUUAUGUGGAUUCUGUCUUAUAACCAAACCAUAUCUGUUGGGGAACUUCUGCUCACUGUUGACACUACUAUCUUUUCAGGAAUCACAUCUGAUAUUUUCUUUGCCAGAUAUGCUAGCAGGUGCUCUGUAUUCUGUACUUGGGCAGUGCAGGCAUUGAAAAACACAAGCUGUGGGGGAAGAAAAGUCGCAACGCCAAUUUAAGAACUGUCACACUGAUGUUACUCAAAGGCUCCGUCUUGCCUUCUAAGCUGUCAGUGGCAUUAAAGUCCUUCAGAAAUACCUA